AUGGCGUUGGAUCGAGAGCUGCGGCGUCUGCUGGAGUUCGCGAGAUCAGCAGAGACUGAGAGCUCCUCGAAAGAUGUGAGACCUACAGCGAGAGGAAUUCUUGACCGUCUUACGGCAAUUUACCAGCAAACCUGCGUGCCGUGUAUGGGUGUGACUGCUGAUAUGAAUCUACCGGAGCUUUUGGUGCUCACUGCUGAAGCUGCGGUGCUCCAAGGAGAUUUCGACACGGCAUCGAGGAGUAUCGACUGGUUUUUCAGCGAAUGUCAGGUUAAAAACCAGUUUUACUGUCGAGCACAAUUCGUACGAGCUCAUUGCGGCUCGCAUGAUGCACAUGCUGAUACGGGGAUAUUGAAGCUCAAGAAGGUGCUAAAUGCGAUCCAUUUCAUUCUCGCUGUAAUCCCGAUCGCGACGGAUACUCGUAAACGUCCCGUGUACGAUUUUCUCGUCUACAAUGCGUCUGUCACGUACUGGCAGAUUGCUCGCCAGCUCAUGAAACAAUCCACGUUCCAGUUUCUCGUGCCGUCUUUAACGAAGAUCAUCGACGCACUCAAAUUGACCGCAGAGUCGGAUGUGGCGUGGCUUGUUCGACUCCAACUCGCUCUAAUCUACGGUCAAGUUGAUGCCAGUCAACUAUCACACGCUGCUAAGACAAUUAACGACGUUGUGGACGUGCAGCUCGCUCCUCGCCUUGCAGAACUCACCAAAGGUGACGUAUCAUUCAAGGCUUUGUAUGAAGAAGCCUUGCGACUCCAAGUCCAUGUGGGAUCAUUUAAAGACCCAGAGUGUCAGAAGAUCGUGCCCAAUGUCAAACAGCUCCUGCCACCGACUGAUAAGCGAGCAGCGUUGCUGGUAAAACUCCAGUGUGUUAAAUCUGGUAACGUUGCUGGCACGUUGGAAGCCGCGUAUGUUGAAAUAUUCCAGGAAUCAACGGGUCUCGUGGGUUUUAACGUUGAAACACCGCUUGAAGACGUUAAAACAUUUGUGGGAUCUCUCGAGCCGCGUGUAUUGGAAGCCAUUGACGCUGAAGUGGUGGUUGAAACUGGAAUCCAUGCUGCUUUUAACUCUGUUUUACCCAUAGCAGCAGCAUGUGACAUCGUGCUUCAACGCAAAGGCAAAAACAUGCCACCGAAAACUCGAGUUUUGUGUCAAGUGCUUACUGCAACUUUACUCAUUGUAAUGCCGUCUACACAUGCUAGUGGCAAGAUAAGCUCUCGACAACGUGAAAGUAUGUUUCUCUCUCGACGGGUGGAGGGAAUGAAGGCGUUUGAGCGCGCAUUAUUAGCCAGCAAACGGCAGCAGGACCCGCAGUUGAUCGAGAGGGUGUGUAUUUACGCUUGGAACCUGUCGUUACCAUUGUUACAGCCUCACUUGCGAAAUAAUUUGGGUCGGGUGCUGGGCAUAGCGUCGUCUAUUAUGGAGGAUCUUGACUCGUUACUACUCGGAUUUCGUGCACGGCUUUACUUGGAGAUCGCGAAGCUUGAGGUGGCGUCCGAUUUCCUUGCCAAGGCGAACGCGAAUGUUUGUAAAGCUCUCGCUCUGGACUAUGGGACGAUUUCUCGAGCAAGUGAUACCUCAUCGAUGACAGUUGAGUUACUAAGUGCGCAUGAAGAGUGGAUGAUUCGACCUGUUGACACGCAUUUGCUUCCUAUUAAGCAAAAAUUGGACUUGAAACUUGCUGCUGAGAUCUCGACUUCUAGGUCAGUUGAAGUGUUAGCGAUGUUGGAUCAAGUGAAAGAGGGAAAAGACCUCAUACAGCAACGGAAUAUUCUUGCUCGGUGCGUUGAUCUGAUGACUAUGAUUAGUGCGUCGGAUUCGGUUGGCGCUGCGGAUCAUGUCAGACUAUGGAGCGAGAUUUCAUCGCUCGCAUGGAAUUGUUUACAUGAUGGUGCGUUGGCUCAACAGACCACUGAGUUAGCCUUGUCGAAGUACUUUUCUACAAGUGAAACAGGAGAAAUUAUGGCUCCCAAGAGCAUUUUAAACGAGAAAAGUUUGAUGAUUCUCGAGGUAGACCUGAGACUUUUGAUGAUGGAAAUCCUCGCGACGAAGCUAAAGGAUCAGGCUGUGCAAGUUGAUAACGCACGUCGUCAGGCGGAAAAUUCGGAGUCGCUCGGUGGGAGGUCAAUCGGGAGGAAAUCAAACGUUGAUCUGACAGCUUUGAUAUCACUGGGGAAGGAGGCAUUUGUACUGGGAAUACAUCGUCCGUAUAAAGACGACAACACGCCACUUGAACCAAGUACAGAGGACACCGAGUUAGAUGAAUGUACCAACCUUCAAGCUCGACAAAGCAAAGAAAUCCAUUCGAUUAAGGUGGAAAUACUCGAGCAGCUUACGAAAGCGCUGAAGGCAGCAACUAAAAUCGGAUGGAUCUUUGUAUUGGAGAACACUUGCAUUUACUUGUGGAAUUACCAUUUCCACAUUUUCCGCAUGCUGGUUGAGAUGACAUCGAGUAGCUCUGUGGAUACAUUUGAUCCUCAGUGGGUUUUGCCUGAAUGUAUCAAUGCAUUCGAAGCGGUUUACGCAGCUCUUGAAGGUGCUGAUGGUGUGGACAGUGAUCUUCUUGCUAAUAUCGGACUUGGGCUUUCAAGUAUUUACGAAAAGACUGGUCGACUUGACAAAGCUUUAGCUAUUGCAGAUACCUUCUUGAAACGAAAACCUUCUGCGAAUAACAGCAUGAGUGUACUACACCUUAAAAGAUUCGCAGAGUUGAAAUCAAGAGUCCAAGUUGCUCAAAACUCAAAGGACAUCACACCUACAGACAGCAGCACACCACAAGUAAAGGUUGUAGCGUAUCUGGAAGCGAUGGAAGUGACAUUUAAACAAAUGUUACAACCUGGAGCACAACAACAGCAGCUACAAGAGAAAGCUCAAGGGCUUUAUCAGAAGGCCACCACAAUGUGGCAGACAAUUGCAUCGGACAUUUUUACUUCGUCUGUGAGCAAUGAAUCGGGGCGAGUACUUGAAGAAGACCAGCAGUUGAUGGAGUUGUAUGUGGAAAUAUGGGUUCGAGUCGGUUGUGGCGCGUUCCGACUGAAGAAUACCAAGUAUUCAAUUGACUGUGCAGAGGAGGCGUUGCAGGUCGUCAAGUCUAGUGAAGACAAGAAACCUAAGCAACUGACUCAGCUACUUAUUGUGUCAAGCACUUGGAAGUGGUUCGCUCUUGCUGAGUUGCUUUAUGCGCGUGCGAUAUUGGCCUUAGGGCAUGGAGAUAACCCCGCCCAAAAGUUAAUUCUUGCUUCACUAUCGCAUCUUGUACGAGCGAUCGAGUACGGUCUUCGUGGCAACAUCUCUACUAUCGUUAUUCGAGCUAGCGAAGUGAUCUGGAAUGCGACCAUCUCUGCACUAAUUCCAAGUGCAAAUCUCGAUAGUGAGGCGCCAGAAGACAAUUUCCUGGAUCGAAUUGUAGACAAUUUGCGAAAAACGCUACGUUAUCUUGAUCAAAUUAUCACAUCUGCUGAAGCAGAUCUCAACUUUUAUGGCGAGAUGGUACUGCUAACGCUCACAGUUUGUGAAAAAGCGAGCAAGUGGAGCGACCAAUUUGAGAUUUGUGAUUCUGUACUAAAAACCUUUGGACCAAAUUCUCAUCGAGCAGCAUUACCUCGUGACAUCAUGAAGGAGAUUCAAACGACAUCUGCGAUUGCAGGUGCUCGCAUUGGUAAGACGAUUAGUAUGCUAAAGAGCGGAGGCAGCUCGAAAUCUCCAGAUCAACUUCAACAAUCACUAGUUCAAGCUCAAAUACUAAAGAAAGUAGCAUUUGCAUCCUGGAAAGACCCAUCUGCACAGCUCAAAGCGUUGUCGAGUGCCUACACAGAGCUCGAUGGGCAACCAGAAGAACAGGCGCUCGUACUCGUCGAUAUUGCAGAGUGGCUAUUCACGAAUCAAUUCCCAACUCAGAACGCUGACGCUUAUCUGGAAUGUGCCACAUCAACGCUGCUGAAUUGUCAGAAACAGCAGCUAGCAGCUUCACAAGGAGCAAUAUCACGAAAACCUACGACUGAUCAGCUAUCUGCACCCUCACGACAGACUUCUACCGCUGUGUACUCACCAUUGUGGUUUGCUGAAAAACUUCUUCGUAUUUUUGUGAUGCGUGCGACAUUAUCAAAAACUUGUACCGAGAGAUCGAAGUACGUUCGAUUAGCGCUGUACGAGGUGGUGAAAGCUUGGGAACACAUUAUCAUGAUGAUGAAUGACACUGAAUUCCACGCUACAUAUGAUCGAGAGAACCCCGACGCGGCUAACAGAGUUGAGUUUGACGAGUGGAAGCAGGACCAGACGCCAAAGUACGUGAAUCCUGUAUCGGAACGUGAUUGGAUAAAUUUCUUUAUGGAUCACGAAGAGAAUGCCGCGAAUCGGUUCUAUAUGUCAUGGAUUAAGGCUUUGCAGUCGAGUAGAGAUCAUAUUACGCAGCCAGUUCUCACGCUCUUAUGUUUAGAAGAAUUGCUUGUAAUGCUUCGUCAAGAUGGACUCCAAUACCCGAGCAUGGUCGCUUCGUUUUGUCUGUACACUGUGCUGUUUUAUGCAUAUAUUCCUCAGCGGACUGUUAUCGCGCAGAUUUGGAUGGAUCUUUCACAAUUUGACCUCAUGGAACGCUUGAAUUUGAGUAACUUCUCGUUGCCACUGCAAAACGCAUUAGAUAUGAUUCAGUCUCACGGAGAUGCAUUGAUUAAGGAGAUACAAGAAGCUCAGACAACUACUGAGCUACCCGAGGGAGACUUUGUAUCGAGAAAAAGACACGUGUUUCAAAGUACACGCCUGGACACACAGGAGAAAGCAGUCAAGUCGAUUGAGUUACUCUUGCAGUUUGGGUUUGUCCGCCAAGCGAAAACUCUAUUAGAGAUACUGCGAAAUUCUGCUGAAAGCUCUAUUAAUCCGUCCGUGUUGACAAGCGAGUGUGAAGUUUUAUUCAGUCGGGUCUUGGAGAUCGAAGGUCAAAGCGAUCAGGCAUUAGCACGAGUAAAGAGUGCAUUGAAAAAUUCACAACUGGAUGUUAGUCGCUUCUUGGAGUGGACUCUGCGGUGCUGUAGGCUCAAUCCCGAGUUCGAUGAAUCCCUCAGAAUACUGAAGGAUGCAGAGAAACACGCUGCUAAAACUAUCAUCUCUGGAAUGCGGCGCCCAGCUGUUCAUACAAAUUUCAACAAGGACACAGCUACAAGUUCUCCGGAUGUUACGUUGGUCCUGCUAAUGGCUCGAGUGACAUUUAAGCAAGCGAUGAUACUGUUGAAGAAAGCAGGUAUAUCUCGAGCCUCUAAUAAUAAUAUGGAAUAUUUACAGGAUACCAAGCGAGCUAUCGAGAAGAGCAUGCACAUGCUUACUCAAAUUGACGCACACUAUCAACGCAGUCAGCUACUGACAAAAUACGCAGUAACUUUGCGAUCACUUCAGCAAAAUUCUGUCGACUUAGACCUCACCAGUGUCGGUUUAGACGCAAAAAGUUUGCUUCAAGAAGCGCAGAUAAUACUGGAGAAAUGCUUCGCAAGUCAAUUCUCCUUUUCGUCUCCCUCGAGUCAAGCAGAGACGCACAGAGAGGUGAUUGUGGCGCCGUUGGGACUGAAGGUCGCGUUGACUAAACUGCAAGUCGCUCGACUCCUGAUGGCACCCGAGUUAUCGCCUGCAACCAUCAAAGAAAAAGAGAUGACGUGGUAUCGAUACUACGAUAAUAGUCAACGUAGCGUGGUGGAGAAGUGGCUUAACGCAACUGAAUCUGGACAGGAGAGAAGCAAUUCAUUUGAAUUGCCACGUGCAAUGACCCUGAUCACUUCUGCAAUUCACACGCUUUCUGACAAUCCCGUCUUGGAAAUUCAGCAUGCUAUCGCUCAAGUGCUGAGGCUUCAGUGUCAACGGCUCGCACUUUUCCACGGAGAUGAUAGACAGAAAGCGGAUGCGCUCCGAACUCAUUUGUGGACUCAAUACACGUCGUCGGACGCACGUCAUGCAACGUGGGUUUGCUGUCAUGGAGCGCGGGCUGAGCUCGCUGUUGCCUCAGACACAGCAGCACAAACUGCUCCAAACCAGAUUCUAAGCCAAACUCCAGUUCAAGACGAGCGAGAAACUGAAGAGGAAGGAGUCGACGAAAUUCGUUUGGAAGAAAUACUGACAGCUCACGCUGCAGAAAUUCAGAAAUAUCAACUUAUCGCGUUCAAAAAGCAGUGUCCAGAGCUGUUGCGGCUGUGUUCGAACGAACUGGUGCAAGUUUUAGGCUGUCGUCACCCUUUCGAUUGCGCCAAGAAUGUGCUUAAACACCAAAGUGCUGAGGUUAUUGCGGUUGCAACUUCGUUGUUCGAGAAAUGUGUAUCCGAAUCGAAUGUUCAGCGUCUUCACUUAAGAAGAAUGAAGAAACUACAGAAAAAGCACACAAGUGCUGAGGCUCAUAGUCUGCCAUUCCAGCUCUCUCAGUUGUAUCUAACACAACAGUCGGAGUCAUUUAAACGAAUGAGUGUGGGAACUCGAGUGGAUGAGAUUGUGGCAGCACUACCAAGCUCAAUUCGGGUCUUGUGUCUUCACUUCUCUCCUGAUCGUUGCUACUUGUAUGCCGCAUUUUUAGGUAGUACUGAGAGACGUGUUGCCAUUGUCCGUAUGGAAUUUACGGAACCCCAGACAGCGCUACUGGGUGAGCUACAGAAGAGAAUUCAGGCGUGGAGAGAGAAAUGUGCAAAGGAGACUUUGGCCUAUGAAGAGGCUCACGGACAAGACGAAAUGUACGAGUUUUGGUCGCAGGAGUCUCCAGUGAACCAAGGUGAGGAUAUCCUCGAAGACGAGUUCACGUCGAUCAUUAAUGAUACGGUCGAGUUGCUCAAUCCACUUUUUACACACUCAGCCAUGGAAGCAGAGCUCAAGAACAACCUCACAAGCAACACGUUGGUUCUCCUUCUGGAUCGAGUCAUCGCUUGUCUUCCGAUGGAGGCGUUACCAGUACUCCAGGCCGCUGAUGCGAUCGCUCGAGACUUCUCCAUUCAGAUGCUGCAUCAAAGGCUAAUGACGAUGAAGAAACAACCUCUAAGACCGAAUGACAUCCGUGUCAUCGUAGAUCCACACAACGAAGACCCCGGCAACUCCAGUGGACAGACGAUCACUAGUGUCGUUAAACAAGCAGCUGGAGGAUGGAAGGAUGCGUUUGAACACGGACAAGUUCCAAGUGUGACGGACUGGCAGCACGCUCUUCUUGCUCGUCGCGGAGGUGGACUAGUGUACGUGGGACCGAACCGUGUGCUUGGUUCCUAUCUUCCACUACAGCAGGUCACUGGUAUGAACUUUGCACUGACAUGCCAAGCCAUGCUACUUCUCGAUCACGCUGAAAACUCAAAGAGUGCACGUCGACAGAGUAAAGUUGACAGUGACAAAUCCGCAUGGGAAAAAGAUGUCGAGUGUGAUCCCUACGCACGAGCAUUGCUGCUCACUCUCUGUGGAGUGAAUGUGCUGACCAUCAACCAGUGGGCUACGACAUUCAACGGCAAUCGUCGGCUCGCUGACGGGUUUUUGCAAAACAUAUCGAGAGGAUACGACGUCGGUAAGGCGCUGAAAAAAAUCGGCGAAGCAAUCAUAGCACCCUCAGCAAGCACCUCGUCAUUAUCUAUAGUAUCGACCUCAACAGAGCCUGUUGUAACGUCAAAUGACCCUACCUUCGGGUCUGAUGAGACAAGGGGUCGCAAUCUUCGCCUCAAGAAUCGAUUCCUUUACAACCCUGUCGUCUACGGACUCGCCAACCUCACACUAAAAAGCAAUGACUGAACCAGUACACUUGAAGAUUCUUUUCUCACACGUCGCAGAUUUGUUCAAUGUAUCAUUCGCACUAAGUACGAAAAUUAUAUUCCUACAAAAAAUAUCAGAAUUCAAACUCAC